CCCGAAAAAAUGAGGAACGAAGAGAAGAGACUAGAGGCCCUGGAACUUGAAAUCUCGGCCGGUAAUUUAGGAAGAUAUGGUAUCCUGACAAGGGUCUUCCUCGGAAUCAUUCAAACCCUUGAUCAAAUCAAGCCUGAUAUCCUGAUAUAUAUAAAAGAUCUAGAAAAUGAAGCGAUUCGCGGAGUUAGGGCUGCCAUUAGCGCAUCCCCAAGAGUCAGCGGUGUUACAGAGAUUGCCAUACCUUUGGAAGAGUUGAAACACUUGACGUGGUUAACGGACUUACCGGUUGAGGCGUUAAAGCAAUGGAAUAAACCGAAAAUUCGAUUGGAGGUUAUCACACAAGAUCGACCGGAUUCCUUGGCUCGUCUUAUUAGAUCACUCAAGUCAUCAUACUAUUUUGGUGAUGAUAUGCCAUUAACCAUCAAUGUAGAUCGAAAUUCAGAUCCUGUUACAAUUGAAUAUUGUAAAACUUUAGAAUGGAACUUUGGUCAAAAGAAUAUUCGUCACCGCAUAAUUCAAGGCGGGCUAAUGGCAGCUGUUGUCGAAUCUUAUUAUCCGGUUGACGAUAAUGACUAUGCUGUACUACUUGAAGAUGAUAUAGAAGUUUCACCGUUCUUCUAUAGCUGGACGAAAUAUAGCGUUUUGAAAUAUAGAUACGGAAUCGAUCGCAUUCUAAGCAGAAGAAUGUAUGGUAUCAGUCUUUAUAGCUCCAAGAUCAAUGAAUUGCAUAAACCCGGACGAAAACAAUUUAGCCCUUUGUUGUCUUUCGAGGGUACAACGUAUUCCCUCUAUUCUCCAUAUCUUGGUCAAGUCCCUUGUAGUUGGGGUGCCGUAUACUUUCCUGAAAUCUGGAGAGAAUUUCACCAUUAUUUUAUCGCAAGACUGGAAGAUUCGGGGGGUCUGAGGGUGCAGAAUAUCACAAUUCCAGAAAGUCGUUCAAACAGGUGGAGAAAUUCCUGGAAACGAUUUUUCAUAGAGCUGGCAUAUCUUCGCGGCUAUGUGAUGCUAUAUCCCAAUUAUGAAAAUUAUACAAGUCUUUCCACAAAUCAUGCUGAAGUCGGAACGCACAUUCAUCUCGGAGAGGGAAAACCUUCUAGCAAUGAGGUCUUUGAUGUACCCUUGAUGAAAGAAAACAUCUUGUUGCAAGGAUUACCUGAUGGAAAAUUACCGGAAUAUAGUGAUUUGCCGACAAUGGAUUUAUUGGGAAAUAUAGUGACCAAAGAGGAGCUUGUUCAGAGAGGACGUUCUUUGCAUUACGAGAUUUCACAAUGUCCACCUGGUGAAUAUGAUGAAAUUACCUAUGACCCUCAAGAUUUAUUAUGUAUCGAUGAAGCGAAGAGACAAGAGGCUAUGGAGCUCGAAAAAAUGAGGAACGAAGAGAAGAGACUAGAGGCACUGGAACUUGAAAGGAUAAGGAACGAAUUGCUUAUACAAAAAGCCAUGGAGCUUGAAAAGAUGAAUAACGAAACGAAUCAGCAAGAGGCCAUGGAGCCCGAAGUUAGGAAAAAUGAAACGAAUCAACAAGAGGACACAGAGCUUGAAAAGAUGAGGAACGAAGAGAAUAGGAAAGAGAUUGUGGAAUUUGAAAAGCUGAUGAAUGAAGCGAAUAGGCAAGAAGAUAUGGAGCCCGAAAAAAUGAGGAACGAAGAGAAGAGACUAGAGGCCCUGGAACUUGAAAGGAUAAGGAACGAAUUGCUUAUGCAAAGAGCCAGGGAACUUGAAAAGAUGAAUAAUGAAAUGAAUCAACAAGAGGCCAUGGAGCCUGAAGUGAUGAAUAACGAAAUGAACCAGCAAGAGGACAUAGAGCUUGAAAAGAUGAGGAACGAAGAGAAUAGACCAGAGGUUAUGGAACUUGAAAAACAGAAUAUGCAAAAAGGUAUGGAGCUUGAAAAAACGAGGCCGAGAAACGAAGAGAACUGGCAGGAGGAUAUGAAACUCGAAAAGACGAAGAAUGAUGUCAACUGGCAAGAGGACAUAGAACCUGAAAAGAUGGAGAAUGAUGCGAAUAGAGAAGAGGACAUAGAACCUGAGGAGAUGAUGAACGUUGUAAAUAGAGAAGGGAACAUAGAACUUGAAAGGAUGGAGAACGAUGUGAGUAGAGAAGAGGAACUCGAAAAAAUGAAUGAAGAGAAUUGGCAAGAGGCCAUGGAACUUGAAAACAUUAGAAAAUAA